AUGGCCGAUGACGCACCGCGAAGCAUGUCUAUCAUCCCAUAUUCUUCAAACCGCGACGUUGUUCUACGCCACAAUGACUCCGUUGUCGUUCUCGAUCGCGAUUCCCAACAGCUCGUGCUACGCGACGCGAGUGCCAGCAAUAGCGAAUUCAACAUUGAUCUGACCGACUGUCCUUAUUGUCACCGUCCGAUGCGAAGUCGCGAGAAUGGAUCUGAGGCCCAUCAAGGCACAAGCCCUGCGCAUGCCGACUUUGUGACCCCAGACUACUUUCGCCUUCUCCACGAUAGCGCGCCUGCGACUGGGGCGACCGCCUCGCCCCCCUCACCUCGACGACGAUUCACCCAACCGGCUCUGACAGACGGUUCAAUAACGGCGCCUGCAUCAUACAGACAAUCGCCGCCUCCCGCACAAGGGAUUUCGUCGGCUGCUCUUAGUCAGGGCUAUUUCAGGAAGUUUUUCAUUGAAGAAAGGGAGCUCGGCCGAGGGGGAAAGGGAGUUGUGCUGCUGGUCAAACACAUGCUGGAUGGAGUUUCGCUGGGCCAGUUUGCUUGUAAACGUGUGCCUGUCGGCGAUGAUCAUGAGUGGCUUGAAAAGGUUCUGGUCGAAGUUCAAUUGCUGCAGCAUCUCUCGCAUCAGAACCUCGUCUCAUAUCGCCAUGUAUGGUUGGAAAACGCAAAAAUCAGCACAUUCAGCCCUAGUGUACCUUGCGCAUUUAUCUUACAGCAAUAUUGUAAUGCUGGAGACCUUCACAAAUAUGUGUUUGGUUCCAUGCAGGCAUCGACAACUACACAGCAGUUGAAAGAGCGUCUUCGACGGAGGUCUAAGGGGCAGCGCGAUACAGCAUCAAUGGACCAGACCGGCCCUCGCACGCUACAGUUCGAAGAUAUAUAUUCUUUCUUCAAGGACAUCACGUCCGGGAUCCGUUUUCUACAUGCAAAUGGCUACAUUCACCGCGAUCUCAAGCCAAGCAACUGCCUUCUCCAUGACUCUGGUAACGAGUUGAGGGUAUUGGUGAGUGAUUUUGGAGAGGUCCAGUAUGAGAAGUCUGUACGGAACUCAACCGGCACCACCGGCACCAUUUCAUAUUGUGCACCAGAAGUACUACAAAGGGAGUUUCCCGAUGGCCCAUUUGGCAACUUUACUUUCAAGUCCGACGUUUUCUCGCUGGGGAUGAUUCUUCACUUUCUGUGUUUUGCGCAGCUCCCUUAUCGCAGUGCAGAUAUAGUCGAAGAAAAAGAAGACAUCGAUGAGCUUCGUGAAGAAAUCAGUCAGUGGACUGGCUUUGACUCCUCGCUCAAGCGGCUUCGCCCCGAUUUGCCGGAUAAACUGUACAUGAUGCUUGAAAGGCUUCUAUCUGUAAAUCCUGAUUGGCGACCCACUGCAGACGAAGUUUUGAUCAGCAUUCAAGGAGGCGUCAUUGGUAAUGAAAGUCGUCGAUUUGCUCGCGCAAACUCGAACGGGCCGGAAUUCCGCGCCAUUCCUCGCAUCCAGCCCGUUGAUUCUCCAGCUCCCAACAGUCCCCGUGCGUCUCGGUCGCCCACAAAGUCUUUACCACGAAAUAAUGCGAGAUCACUUGGAUCACCAGUCCGGUAUGAAACGCGAAGCGUCACUGCGUCUUCAGAUAUACCCCGUAGUCCAGACUUGGACAACAGAGGCUGGGGUCCAUCGCAGCAGCCAGAGCAAGACCUGAUUCUUCGUCCCCGAUACCAAGACAUCGCAUCCGGGCCAGACGAACAGCAUCAUCAAUAUAGUCGCCCCAUAAUACACCACCAACACUCACCACAGUUACUGCCUCCACCGCCAGAACGCUUCUUUACCAGUAACUCGUACAUUUUCUUUAUUCCUAUCGGCUCCUGGGGCCGGCUUCCAAUACCGAGUGCCCGAUUUUCCUUUUUCAUUGCCAAACAGAUCAUCACUCUGCAGCCCUGUAUGCCACGGGCUGUUAAUCCAUGGGUAUAUUACCCAUUGGUAAUUCUUGCUGUCCUAUCUUUGCCAAUUCCAGGCAUUAAGGCACAGCUACUUUCUCUGGCCAUUCACCUCACCAUAAUGGCGCUGAGCGCUUAUAUGAAUGCGAUAUGCAUAUGGAAUCCAUCCAGCUCGAUCUUUUGA